CGAUCCGAUUUUAUUUUGUAUUUUUCAUGCUGUGUCAAAAAUGCGUUUUUGACAACCUUGCUUCACAGCACAGAGGCGGCGUGCCUUCGCAGCGGAAUCAAUUUACCCGCAAGUAACAGGCACAGUGGAAGGACGACCUUUCAAUGUUCACAAACAUUGAGGCCGCCCGAGUAAUAUCAUCGGCGUUUAAAUUGUCGAUGGAGAUUCCAUUGUUUCAAUGGAGUCAAAUAUCCAAGCAUCCUGAAUGGAUGCCUCAAAUCAAUGCAUGGUUUAACAGUGAGCAUAACAUUGUUGUGAGGAGGGUGUAGGAAAAUCACGCGGCAACUAGGUUGCGUGAUUUUUGGUAUGAAGCACAAAAAAAAGCAAAAAAAAUCACGAGGGAUAGGGGUUUCCAAGGCUGGAACGAUGUUGCGGUUUGGAGGGAUUUCAAACCGAUAUACAUCCCGGAAGAUAUAUGGCCGCACUAUCUUGAGCACGUGAUGUCUGAGCGGUUCACACGACGCUCACAGUCCAGUGCUGGCAACCGAAAUUGGCCAAUUCAUGGCGGGGUGACAACGCACACUAGCGGCUCCGUUCUGUUUGCUGCACAUGCGAAACAGAUGGCUGCAUCUCUUGAACGUGAGCCGAGCCCGAUGGAGCUGUUUGUGGAGACGCACGUGCGGAGUCAAGACCACCAGAAGGGGGCGCAACAGUUCGUUGAUAACCGUGCUAGCCAUUUCAUGGAGACCUAUAAUAAUCGGUUGAGGGAGAGAUACGGGGACGAUAUUUUGACCCAUCCGAAAUUCGAUCCGGAUUUGUGGAUGGAGGUUGGCUCGUCAAGUGGACUCGAUAAAAAUCGGGUUUACUUGCUCUCCAACACUACGGCCGACAACUUGCGGUCGACCCGUAGUGUUUCAACCGUUGGGAGCUCCCAAUCAAUAUCGAGCUCCCAAUCUAAGGAAUUCGUGGCCUUGCAGCAACACACGGCUCAAUUCACCGAGAAAUAUGAUAACCUAUCAGCGGAGUACGCACAACUCAAAGCGUCUCAUGCACAACAAAGAGCGGAGUUUGAGCAAAUCAAAGCGUCUCAAGCACAACAAAAAGUGGAGUAUGAACAACAAAAAGCGGCUUAUGAACAACAAAAAGUGGCUUAUGAACAGCUUCGCGAAAUGAUUAUGAACAUGGCAAAUAGUGGAACAUGUGCGCCUAAUCUUUUUUGGCCGUAUAACCACCAGCCUCCUCCAGGAUCUCCUCCUCCUCCUCCAGCUCCACCUUUAUAUUAAUUUGUAAUAAACAUUAUUUACCUUUAAAACUUCAUUUAAUAUUUUUCUUGAAACAUAUUCAGUUUGUAAUGAAUAUUAUUUCACUUUGUUUUUUUUAUGUUUAAUAUAAAUUUUAUUUGCAUA